GAAACUGAACCAACUUAAUUCUUUGAUGAGUUAUACAAGACCUUCACAGCUAUCUUGAGCUUGAAACACAAUUAGCUCUGGGAACCCUAAUUAUACCCUGCCAUAGGAAGGAUCCGCGAGUAAACACAGCGGCGUUAACGACUUCUCCCCAACAGCCUGGUACUCUCAUAGUUCGGAAUGCUGAAUGACUUUCGCUUUGUAACCCUAUCAGAAUUCUGUGGAAAUAUUGUAAACUAUGUCAUUCUGUGAUUAUCAAAGGCUACCGGGCUGUGCCAGUAGGGAUAUCUGAUUGUAGAAUGAAGUUAUAAUUGUGUUUAGACAUAUUCAGCCAGGCAAUCUUUGUGUGGUGGUGGGAUUACUACUGUUUGUUGCUCUUUGUUAUUUGUUUCAUUGUCGUUUAGGAUCUAUACAGAAUUAACUCUCCCUUUAUCACCUUUGGACAGAACGCUGUUCAUUCGUCCCUACCAUCCGUAAUGGUUGUGAGAGGGGUAUAGAACUUUAAAAUAUUUACCACCUGUGAAGUGCGGGGUCGAGUGUUAAGCUAGGUGCUUUAUAAGUGGAUGAGGGAUAGCUCGACAUGGUGGUAUAAUUAUGCGGAGAGUACGUCUAUGCUUUCUUUUUCUGAUUUAUCUUCACGACUCUGAAGCUCGUUGGUCUGGAUGGAGUGCUUGGAGUAUAUGCAGCAAGUCAUGUGACGGUGGAUUGUCCCAUCAGAAGCGUCAGUGUUUCGGUAAUAGCAAUUGCCUUGGACCGGAAGUCAGAUAUCGUCAUUGCAAUAUUAGGGCUUGCAGUGGCUACCUUAUGAACGACAACGACAGGAUAUGUAAUUUUCACAAUAGCAUAGGGUCUGCGAAUCAGGAGUGGGCCCCGCUGUCACAGCAGAUAUACCCAUGUUACGUUUUCUGUAGAGAUAUGUCUGGAAACAUUCCGAAUGAAAUCAAAACUGAUAAAGAGGAUGGCACAAAGUGCAGCUCUCAGGCCAAUUUCUACUGUAUCAGGGGAGAAUGCAAGAGACUUGGUUGUGAUGGAGAGGUGUGGUCUAACAAGUUGAUUGACAGCUGUGGUAUCUGUGGAGGUAAUGGGUCUACAUGUACUGGCAAUCUCACACAGUCACAUUUCUAUUGGCUCGUGGAAUGGACGCCAUGUUCGGUUACUUGUGGUACAGGUCAUCAAAAGUCUCGUAUAAAAUGCAUAAAUAGACGAACAAAGAGAAGAACAAUGGAUUAUUAUUGUGACAGAGAAAGCAAACCUAGCGACCUUACCAAGGAAUGUUCCCUAGCAGACUGCCGAUCUCAAUGGGAAAUUUCUUCUUAUGGGCGAUGUUCUGUGGAGUGUGGCGGAGGAGUACAGCGUCGUCAUGUCCGGUGUGUUCAGCGGUCUGGAAGAGCAAACAUUAUUACUGUGAGUUUUUCCCAGUGUCCAGAUCCAAUCCCGAUCUCAGAGAAGGCUUGUAAUCUGAACUUUUGUCCCGCCAGGUGGCAGACUGGUAAAUGGAGCCAGUGUUCAGUCACCUGUGGUAUAGGCAAUCAACUCCGAAGUCUGACUUGCAUCAAGUCUCCUUCUCACGGGAUACAGAUUAACGUUUCUCAUUCGGAAUGCUUUGGUGCUCGACCAGAGACUUCGCGCGCAUGUUCAGUAGAGGCUUGUUUUAAAGACUUUUAUUCAGUUCCUUCCAUUGUCGUGGAUAAUUCUACAUUCAUUCAGACUCGUCGAAUGAAAAGAGUGUACCUUAAUGUCGGCGGUAAAGCUAUUUUAUUACCAAAACAACCGGUGAAAAUUACAUGUAUUGUAAAAAAUAUGGAUAGAAGACUAAUAUUUUGGACAAAAGACGAUCGACUUAUACCCGUUUCGCCUUAUAAGAGAGUUCAUGUUCUUCCAAAUGGAGUACUUAAAAUUAAACGAACAGAUCCAAACAUAGACACGGGAGUGUUUACUUGCAUGGCAGGGAUUGAAAAAGCCAGCAUCUAUAUAACGUUUCAGGACAAGAAAAAGGCAACUAAGACAGCUAAAACAAUGAUAAAGCAUAUGGAGAAUGAUAGGAUAAGUUUAGAUAAACCACAAUCAGACAAAAUCCCAGGGCCAGACGGUUCUCUUAAAGCUAUAGAUAGUAACAGCUCCGAAGUAGCGGAAUUCAUGGUUGGUGAUUGGUCCCCAUGUUCAAGGACGUGUGGAACGGGGUUACAAACACGGGAAGUGAAGUGUAGUGUGUAUACAAAUAAGUAUAUAAAAAUUGUCCCGGUUAAACAGUGUGAGCAGCAAGACAAACCGGUAAAUGUUAGAAAGUGUUUAGUUCAGGAAUUCUGCCCACAGUGGGAUGUAGACAAGUGGGGAGAGUGUAGCGUAAAAACAUGCAAAAGGAUAGGUAAGGCGGUACAACGACGAACGGUGUUUUGUACAAACGGAAAUGGUACUAUUAUACAUCGCUCUAAAUGCCUGAAUAUUACCGUACCAGUGGCUUUUCGGGAAUGUGACAACAAGAAAUGCAAGGUGGAAUGGCAAACUUCCAGGUGGACGAAGUGCAAGCCACAUUGUACGCGUCGUGGGAAGAAGUUCCGGUUGUUUUCGUGUGUGUGGAAGAGUACACGUAAACUUGCUUACACUCAGUGUAGAACACUUCCUCGUCCGUUGGCAUGGAAACCGUGCAAGUCCAAGUGUAAAAAAGCGUGUCACGACCAUUCCAGAUAUUGCUCCCUGGUGGGACAGUUAAAAAUGUGCCGAUACCAGACUUUUAUAGACAAAUGUUGUCAGACUUGUAAACAUUUACUAUACGUGUAAUAUUUAUUUGUU